CACCAAGUCGCAGACUUAUAUAGUCAAAGAGACACGGUAAGAAAUGCAACUUACCUGUGACCUUUCCAAUCCUUGAAGAAGUUUUAGUAUUCAUUACAAACUUCAUAGGAUUUGCCACUAUAUAAACAUAGCCAGGAGAACCAUUUUCCAUAACUUCACUCACCUACUCAUCUUACAUUGUAACAUUACGACAGAAUAUCAGUAACAAUUAAGAUAAUUGAUUACCCACAAAACUAGAUAGAGUCGAGUCAUGGAAUCAACAAUUGGAGAGUUUGAAGCAAAAAAGUUUGCUCUUCCAGUUGAUUCAGAGAAUAAGUCCACAGUUUUCCCACUCUUUUCAGUGGCAAAUCCUCAUAUGCGAGCAUUUCACCUAUGUUGGAUGCAAUUUUUCGCCUGCUUUUUGUCCACUUUUGCUGCUCCACCCCUCCUUCCUAUCAUUCGUGAUAACCUUAAUCUGACUGCAAAUGACAUUGGUAAUUCCGGAAUCGGAUCCGUGUCAGGGGCAAUCUUUGCCCGUGUUGCCAUGGGGGCUGCUUGUGACUUAGUUGGUCCUCGACUAGCUUCUGCAACCCUCGCACUCCUCACUGCACCUGCAGUUUACCUGUCUGCUGUGGCAGACUCAGCCACGGGUUACUUUCUAAUGCGGUUUUUCACAGGCUUUGCUUUGGCCACGUUCGUCUCUACUCAAUACUGGAUGAGCUCCAUGUUUUCUCCAAGAGUUGUGGGUCAAGCCAACGGCCAAGCAGCUGGGUGGGGAAACCUAGGAGGUGGCGUAGCGCAGCUUGUCAUGCCCCUCGUGUACAGUGUUAUCCUUAAGACAGGGUCCACACCGUUUGCAGCUUGGAGGAUUUCGUUUUUCAUUCCUGCAUUAUUCCAAAUGUCCUCGGCAUUUGCAGUCAUGAUAUUCGGGCAAGACCUGCCUGACGGAAAUUUUCAUCAGCUGCAGAAGUCUGGUGAUAUGCACAAGGACAUUGCCUCCAAGGUUUUAUAUCAUGGAGUCACCAAUUAUAGGAGCUGGAUCACUGCUCUUGGCUACGGAUUCUGUUUUGGAGUUGAGCUGGCAGUAAACAAUAUCGUUGCCUACUACUUCUAUGACCGCUUUAAUCUCAACAUCUAUAUUUCAGGGAUGAUUGCAGCUAGCUUUGGGAUGGUCAAUAUUUUCUCCAGGCCUAUAGGCGGGGGGCUGUCAGAUUUUAUGGCUAAAAAGUUUGGGAUGAGAGGAAGACUGUGGAGCUGGUGGAUCGUGCAGGCCCUAAGUGGUGUACUCUGCAUUGGUCUGGGACGUAGCAGCACUUUGAGCGCUUCAAUUGUAGUUAUGAUCAUCUUCUCUUUGUUCGUGCAAGCAGCUGAAGGACUCACUUUCGGGGUUGUUCCUUUUGUCUCCAGAAGGUCUUUGGGAGUGGUUUCCGGUAUGACUGGAGCUGGUGGAAAUGUGGGUGCAGUCAUAACUCAAGUAAUUUUCUUUAGAGGAUCUCAAUUUACAACAGAAAAAGGAAUAGAGUACAUGGGUUACAUGAUCAUAGCAUGUAGUCUUGGCAUAGCUUCCAUAUACUUCCCACAAUGGGGAGGUAUGUUUUGGGGUCCUAAAAAACAUGUUACAGAAGAAGACUACUACUUGAGGGAAUGGGAUGCCAAGGAGCAAGAGCUUGGACUCCAUCGCGUAAGCAUGAGAUUUGCUGAAGGUAGUAGAAAUGAGAGGAGUAGCAAAGGAAAAUCAGCACCAGAAGAAGAGAUGACAGAGACUCGCGUUUAAACGCCACUCUUUUGUCUUCUAAUUUAUCGUCUUCUACUCUUUAUACACAGCUUCUGGUUUACAACUUUACUGUCUUCAUGCACUAUUUUUGGGGCAAACUAUAGAAUUGCCAAUAGUGGGAGAAAACAUUUCGCACAGUAUCUUCCCCCUAACGCGAGUUUUCCUUCUUUCCUACAGGCUUUUCGUAACUAUCAUGUACUUUAAUAAGCUGUUAAGAUACAAGUGACAGGAAAUAAUAAACCAUCUUUUGAAUC